GGCGCCGGAUGCCAGGGCGGUGACCCCCCACCCCCCCCCAUCCCCCCUCCUCGCCGUCAGCGCCGCUCCGCCGCCCGCCAUGGCCAAGCGGCUCCUGGUGGCCUACGGGCUGUGGGCUCUGGGGGGGCCGCUGGGGCUCCACCAUCUCUACUUGGGCCGCGACAGCCACGCGCUGCUCUGGCUGCUGACGCUCGGCGGCUUCGGUGGCGGUUGGCUCUGGGACGCGUGGCACCUCCCGCGUUGGGUGGCCGACGCCAACGGGGCCUCCGGGGAACGCGGGGGCACCGCGCCGGCCCUGAGCGCCGUACGCGCCGCGGGGCAGGUGGCGGUGGGGAUGUAUUUCGGGUUGAUGGCGGCCUUGGCGCUGCCGUGGGUGCCGGCGUUGGUGGCGCAGCCCCUUGCCGUGGGCUUGGGGGUGUUGUUGGUGUCCUCGGUGGGCGACCAGACGGCGGAGGCACCCAGCGUCCUGGCCGCGGCCUUCCUCACUUCCGCCAUCUUCCAGGGUCGGGUGUUGGCGGUGCUGCCCGCCAGCGUGGCCGCCAGCAUCGCUGCCCAGCGGCACCGGCGCUACAAGCGCCGCCGGACACCGCAACCGCGGCUGGCAGCUCGGCUUUACCACCUGGGGCUGGCGUGCCUGGCCUUCGGCGCCCCGCUGGUCUACCGCGGGCUCAGCGGUGCUGCCGGGGUGCUGGGCGCCUUGCUGGCCGUGUCCCGUGCUGCCACCGAGCUCUUGUUUCUACCUUUCGGCACCAUCCGGCUCCUGGCAGAGUUUCUGGGCGUCACUGCGGCGCCGGAGAGUGGCACCGGCUUCAAAGCCAGCGGCUGGAGCGAGCGGCAGCGCUGGGCCUACGAGGUCCUGGGCAUCCCGGCUGGCUCGUCCGCCGAGGAUGUGCACCGGAGCUACCGGGAGCUGGUGAAGGUUUGGCAUCCAGACCACAACCGGCAGCGGGCGGAGGAAGCCGAGAAGCGCUUCAUCGAGCUGCAAGAGGCCUACGCGGAGCUGGUGGGAGCCAGGAGGGCGGCAGGGGCGGCGUGAGAGCCGCUCUGGGGGAAGACAGCGGCCAUGGGGGAGAGCGGCUAUGGGUCAAGAGUGGCCAUAGGGAGGAGGGCAGCCGUGGGGCAACACCGCCCAUCACAGGGAGGGCUCUGGGAUUUGUAAACACAAGGUUUCGCUCUUGCUUUUACGGUCGCUCCACCACUCGUUGUGUUGCGGAGGGGUGGAUGGCGCGGAGAGCAAUGGCGUGUUGCAGGUAAUGCAUUGCAACAGGUCUCUAAAACAAUGCAUGGGGGCUUUGUGAGUCAUUGCACGGCGAUCUGUGCACAGCCUGCAGAGCUGCAGCCCCGCUGCACCCCCCCUCCGCCCAGGACAGGGGAGGCGCUCAGGCCGCAGCGGGGUCUCGAACACGCGUACAUGCGAUCUCAGCGUCCCCACCGCCCCUCGCUUCGGCCGUUCCCGGAGGCGCUCGGGUAUUUCCGCCACAGGGCGGUGUCCCUCGGCAGUUUCCGUCCACGUUCGGCACCCUCCGGCCCGCCCCUCGCGAGGGGGCGUGGUCUCAGCAGCGCCACCUUCGAUUGGCGGUUGGCUGCGAGGGGGCGUGGCUUACUCAGCCGCGUCCGUUACGCCGCUUCGCCAUUGGCUGGACUCCCGUCGCCGCGCUCUGCAAUC